GAGCUGCAGCGGCUCGCUGCCUCGCCGGGGAGCUCUCUCCGCAUCGAGGUGACGGCCUAGAAGGCUCGGAGGAGGCUCGGUAGAGGGCGCCUAGCAGAGAGAAGGUUCAGAGAAGGCUCGUAGAAGGUGGCUAGCAGACUCGUAGAAGGCUCCCAAGAGCCGGAGAGUCGCACCGGGCCGGGUGAGCGGGUGGACCGCCAGCGGUGCGCGCGUCUCGCAGCAGUCUCCUAGCCUUGCCCGGCCUCUCCUUGCCCGCCCUCUCCUUGCCCGCCCUCGCGCAGGUGGACGAGGCGGUGGACCGCAGCGUCUGCACCUCCACCGCAGACAGCGUCCAGGUCAACGGGGAGGACUUCGACCUUGUCGUCCUCUGCACCGGAGUCGCGCCAGAGCCGCUCACGUCGUCCGCCCUGUUUCGCUCCGUCGAGGAACUGCUCGGCGCCCCGACCGUCGGCGGCCUCCCGCGCGUCGACUCCUCGCUGCGCUGGUCGCGCGGGGAGGACGUCUUUGUGCUCGGCGCCAACGCGGGGCUCGAGCUCGGUCCGGGAGGCGGGAACCUGGUCGGCGGCAUGCGAGGCGCCAGGGUGGUCUCCAACGAGCUGCACGUGCUCAUGAGGGAGGGCGUCUGCGCCCCUCCCCGCAGCGGCUGGCCGGAUCGCACCGCGUUCGCCAACAAGUACGCGGCGCUGCUGGACGGCCGCGAGCCAGAGGUGGACGUGCUCGUCCAGCGGCUGCACUUGGCGCCCAAGGCGAUCAUCGCGCUCAAGAAGGCGCGCGAGGCGGCCGCCGCUGGCUGCGGCAGCAGAGCGGCCAAGGGCUGCAAGGGCGCGUGCUCCGUGCGCCAUCCAGGGGGGCCCCCAAUCCUGUUUUAGGCCGCAUGUGCCAAAACCCCCAUAUGGUACUUUAACACACAACAGAAGCCGCGAUGGUUGCGGCGUUGCGCGGGCUCUUGGCUCUUGCCUCGAGCCCCCGGUCGACUCUC